UAUCGUUUAUACAGUUAAAUUUCAAAAUGGCAGAGGAAGAAAGGGUGACAGGAAUCAUAUAAUAUAAAUAUAUUGUUAUAACUAAAAUGGAGGUGUGAGCCAGACAACAUAAAAGAUGUCGAUCCCACAGAAGCGGACUCACGCAGAGUUCGAGUCCAAUGCUGUCAAGUCCAAUAUCAAGGAACAGCGCCUCCUCGAGAAAAACAUCAACAUCCUGAAUGUAGAGGAAGCGUACGCAAUGCGCAUCCUCAAUCUAGAUAGUAGAGAUAUCAACCACUACCGUAAUAAGAUGAACGAACGCACGUCCAAAAUCAAAUCUCACCUGACAACGGUAGACAUUAUCAAGAUGAAGGAGCUGGAAGCAUCAGGAAAAAUGAAGGGUGUAGGAAACAAAACAGCGUCAGCUUCAUCUGCUAUCUUAGCAGCAGCUGAAAAGAGACUUAAUAUAAAACCUCGCGCAAAGACAGCUUUACCUGUUCGUCAAUAUGACAACAAUCGUAAAUAUUCCCCGAAUAUCGAGGACAGUAGAAGUGAUGACACAAAUACACCAAGCCAAGAAGAAUCGCGUGAAUAUAGACCGAAGUCGCUUGUUAAACAGCCCUCUCUUUCGAACCUUCAUCAAAUGUCGGCCAACGAUUCUGCAGAUCAAGAUAACAACACAACCUGGGCUCGACCGUCACCUAAACCUCGCAAGCGGCCAAAUACUGCUUUUGUUCCCUCUAGUCAUAAUGUCAAUGGCAGUUCUGGCAACAGGGGGACAUCCAUCCCGUCACCUGUAGUGAAGAGCAUAGUGAUUCCAACAGCAGAAAAUGUCGAUGAUACUGUUAGUGACAUAGAGGAACUGCCAAACGACCAAGUAUUUAUGCCAUGCGAGGAGGAGAAACCCCCUACGGUUCAGGAAGUCCCAAUCGAGAAACCAGCACCACGUCCGAAAUACCGUGAGUUACCAGUGCCGCCAAAACGACAAGAGAGAGGAGACAGGUGCCAGGCACACACAAAGCCUGAAAAGUCCAAUAAACAAACGCGGUGUCCUUACAAGGGAACGCCGAUGCGAGUGGUGCCUUCUGCAACCCAGAUUUCAAUGGUAUGUAAUGAUUCUACACAGUCGACGGCAGUAGACGGACAACAUCGUACAUCCCGACCCGGAAGUGGGAUUCCUGUGAGAAAUGGGGACGCAAAGCAGGUCAAAAGAAGGCCACAAACGGCGAAACAUGUGUCAAACGAGGACAGGGCGAUGGAACACUUUCCUCAAUCACACAAUAACAAUGAAGUAAGUCGCGAUACAAAUCGGCCGAAAACUGCUAAAGUACCUCCGUCGCUUGGUUAUGCCGAAAUACAUCGCAAUCGCCGUGUACGAUCACCUGAUCAUACAAGCAGCUCUAGAAGUCGUCAAAGUAGACCUGAUAACCAGGACUUCGCACGAAGUCCAUCACGGCAGCUGCCUGUUCGGCCAGACCGGUCUCCCAGUACCAGAAUUCCUGUACGUCCUGUUACAGCUCAUUCUUAUUCAGUAGAGAUUGAACAAGAAGCUCCUAGGCCUGUCCCUCAAAGACGGCUGUCUCGUCCACGAACGGCAAAAGCAAAUGUCAAUCCGGUGUACACUAGUGCUAUAAGUACAAAUGUUCCUGAAUAUUCUGCCCCUGAAAAUACUUUAAAUACUCCAACUCUUCCUCCGCCUAUAAGUCCCAGAGAUAAUAUGACACCCAGGUUGGAAUCAAAAUCAUUAACGAGUGCUUUGUCAACACGACAAUCGCAGGAUCCUUCGUCACAAUCCAUGACCGAUGUUCCUCGACACGUGCCGAUAGCUCCACAGCAAAGGGCAAGUAUCGUUCCACGCACCCCACGAGUUGUAACUGUUACGUCAUCUUCAUCUAAAAGAAUAAAUGCGUCUGUUGUAGACAGAUUGAAUGAUUUCUCUAGCGUGUUACCGUAUGCUUCAUCAGGAAAUAGUGGGCACAGUCAGGCUAAUGAGAUUCCAAUGGUGUUACAAAGUAAACAUACAUCAUCAGACCAACCGCGGGAGUCACAUGCUGUUCAUCCCAGUCAUAGUUCUUCUGAUCAGAGAACGCACGUUGCUAAUGGGGACCAGGAUCCCCUUCCUGGUAACCAGCAGAGUAGUGCACACCUCAGUAAAAAUCACGAAGCAGUGGUGGACUAUCAUUAUAAGCAAGCUUCUCAUACAACACAAUACCAACAACAACCAAACACACAAACAUCAAUACCUCGGCCCGGCAGUGCCAGGCCUCGCGCUGCUGCUCAGGUUAGUCACCGAUCACCACCUGAGGACGAGGCUGUCAGUUCUGCUUCAGACUUUCGUAGAUCUUUAAGCAGGGCAUAUGACACAAAUGAACACGUCAUCAGCGCCAAACCACCGCGACCAAUGCAGAGACCAACAACAGCAAGGACACAGAUCACUACUGGAGAUCCGCCUGCCGCAAGAACUAGCAUUCCAAGACCUCGGACGGCCAGGAUGUUACCUACAACACCACAACACAGACCACAGUUGGAGAAAUAUCCAACCCAAACUGGAACAGAACGGGAAUCGGUUGUCACUCAGGCUAUUAUUCAUUCUCCGCGCCCGCCCAGCGCCCCUGCAGAGAGAAGAAUACAAGCACCCGGCCAAACAGAAUAUGUUACCCAUGAUGCCUCAGUCCCGGCCCCAAGCAGAAUAGCAGUGCGUACAAAAACACCAAAAAAGCCGUCGGCUUUGAAAUUUCAUUUUGAUUCUCAUAAAAUUGCGACAGAAAAACAUCAGAAAGAACAAGAGGAAAAUCUACCUCCCAAGGUAUAUUCGUCAUUCGAGGAGGCAAUGGCGGAUUACUUAGAGCGUGCCGCCGCAGAUAACGUAUUUAACGAGAACGUGUUGCAAGGAUUUCGCAAAAGUCUUAUCAAAUUGGAGAAACUGAAAUUCGCAAAGAUUGAAGACAAAAUGACCUUAUUCCUAAAUAAGAUGGACGAAUAUUUAGAACGCUCGGGUAAGAUAAUACCUGACUGGUUCAAACCGCUCCGCUUUAAGAAAACUGUUGAGGAACCUGUAAUUGUCACAUUUGAUCCAGCCACUUAUUUCAAAAAUAGGAGAAAAUGCAAAUAUCAACACAACAAAGCUGCGUUCGAGCGGCAGAACAAAAAAGAUACCGACCCCAACAUGACAUGGAACGGUAUAAAGAAAUGUCGCUACCUCAGGAUUCCAAACGAAAUGAUUGAUCAUUCGGGCAUGCGCACACUCGGAACAGAUCAGAUUCAGCUCAUGAAAACGCUUAAAGGCAUUGACUAAAUGAUAGUAGGUUAUUUGUGUGAGGAUUUAUUAUAAAAAUAGUUAAACUCCAAUAUUUAUUGCAAGGUAUAUUACCCAAAAUUGCAAUAGAAAAUUAAAAUGUAAUAUUAGUAGUGAUGCUGUUUUAGGAAUUGUUUGAACGGACAUAUUGGUUGGAAAUCAACUGCGAAAGACAUAUCCGGAAAAUUUUUGGCACUGCUGAUUGGUUGAAAAUAUAUUAUUUGGGACCACGUCUUUUCUUAUGACCCGUGUGCAAUGAGCUUUAUAUGAAAAUCCCUUCUAUUGUUUUUAUUCGCAAAGAGUGAUUGAAAGAGUUUUUUGUUGAGCAUUGUGAACAUAAAUUAAGUGUAAAAACC